GGCCCCGCCGCCGGCCCUUGCGCUCUGCAAGCUCGCGGGGGCGGCGCGUUCGGUCCUCCUCCUGCCGCAGCCGCAGCUCUCGGGCUUUGUUGUGAAGGCUGCACGCCGGCAGCGUGCCCGCGGGGGAGGAGCGUGCAGAAAGAAGUCUGCAUCUAUGACGUCAUUUUGCUGGAAUAGAAAAUCAAGGAACAAACACAACUUGCCUUCAAAUGUGAAUUCAAACACAUAAGUAUGAAAAGAAGAUGGGAGUUUGCAACUGUGACUGCUUGACCCUUGCUGGAUCACUGAAGCUCCUUUGAGCUUCAAUUCAACAUUCUUAGGAAAGCUCUGAAAUGCUGGAGGAAAAACUGGAGCCAGUGCCAGAUCAAACAAGUUGAGAAGAACAAAUGGAGAACUUGUCAAAAGAAAACCGCAUCCUGGGACAGAAAAGAGAAGACUUCUGUGCAGAAUUUCAAUUUCAUCCAAACUCCUCCAAAAAAACAGAGUUUUUCAUCCAAGCAGAAGAUGAAGCACUGAAACUUUCAGAUUUGGCAAUAACCAGUCAAAGAAGACUUCCAAAUGUGUGCACUCAGUUUAAUUCCUGUCCUGGAGAAUCAAGCACUGUAGAAAUAAGGGGGAAAAUACUACCUGAAUUUAUAUCCUCAUGGGAAGAUGCUACAGGUUUUGGUGGAAAGAUAGAAACUUCAUUCCUCUUAAAAGAAUUGGACAGUCUGAGGGCCAAAAAUAAAAAGCUUCAAGAUGAGCUAUUGGAAAAGGACAAGGAGUUGAAGACAAUAAAACUGGACUUAGAACUGCAAGAGAGAGCUACAGAAGCUAAGAUUGCAGAAAAGAUUGCAGCUCUGGUGGAAGAAGUUUAUUCUGCUCAACGGGAACGUGACAAGGCUGUCAUGGCAAGGCUUAGGUUAGCCAACGAAGAGAGAGAUGAAGCAUUUCUACGAGUCCAGCGUUUAGAAGACUCACUCAAAGAGCUAGAAAAUAUUAACCCUGAAGAAAAUGACAUGACAUUACAGGAAUUACUGAACAGAAUAAACAAUGCAGACACAGGGAUAGAUAUACUGAAGAAUGGAGCUAUAAUUCUGAAUCGAAUACACAGGACCAAAGAACGUAAAAAGAAAAUAAUAGCUGAGGAAAUGAAUGCAGUGAUAGAACAACGGGAUGCUGCUUUGUCUCAAUGCAAACGGCUAGAGCAGGAGCUUCAUCAUCUGAAAGAGCAGAACCAGACUUCAGCAAACAACACGAGACAUCUGACUGCUGAAAACAAUCAAGAACGUGCUCUGAAGGCAGAAUUGAUAGCCCUGCAACAAGAAAAAGAAACCACUCUUCAGCAGUGCAAAAAGUUAGAAGAAGAAAUUGAGAGAUUGCACGCACAUUACAGUUUACACAAACCUUUGUCUCAAGGAGUGAGCCUGAAGGACUGGCUUCACUGUGCUUUCAGUAUUUCUGAAGGUGGCCUGAAAGACAGGGAGGAUGUUGUGACCAUUACCUAUGGCCAGCUCAAGGACCUGGCGGCUCGGCUGCAGCAAGCUCAGUCCGAGCAGCAGGACACCGAGCUGAAGCUUCAGAAGGCCUUGGAGGCUUUGAAGGAGGCCAACGAAAAGGUUCAGAAGUUGGAAAGGCUGGUGGACGUCCUGAGGAAGAAGGUUGGAGCAGGGACCAUUAGGACCGUGAUCUGAUUGAAAGCUCCAGUCUAAGGAAGCAUUCACAUCUGGUGACCAGGCUGCUUCAUUCAGCACUGUGUAAACACUAAAGCCUUAACUUAGCAAACAGUUGUUAGAAGUGGGACACUCCAGCGACAUUCCAAGCUGAGAUAAAAUCAAAUCAUAAAUGUUUAACUACUUUGCUGCUGAGUUCUGUGAUUUGUUGAAAUGUUUCACUGCAAACAUAUAUUUGUUUUUAAGCAGAUGCAUUGUGGCUCUGUGUACUGUGAAAAAUGAUGUAGAUGCUUAUUUUAAGUCUGUUCCAUCAGUGUUUCUAGACUACAGUCUGCUGCAAGCUAGGCACAGCUUGAAUGUGUGUUCAAAUACCACCAACGUCAGGUGCAAAAUCCUGGAAAGCAGCUUCAAAAUUUGAAUUCCUUGUGUUAUUUAUGAAACUACAAACAGUCUUGUAUUUGUAUAUUAAAUAGAGUAAUUGAUAAAGUAAGUUUGCAUUCAAGAAAUAGCUCUGACCACUGUGUUGGAAAUUUUUUUCCUCCUUACUUAUAGCCCAUUGAAUUGCAGCUAGUAACCAUAGCUACAUCUAAAGGAAGGAUGCACAUAUAGCUUUAUGCAACACUUGAAUAAUUACUGGAGUGCAUGGCAUUUUCAGCAUACCUUCAAAAGAAAUGCACAGUUGGGUUUCACUGGAGGAACAACUGCGUAAAUAAUCAUAAACUGCUGUGUGAAAGCCUUGUCACAUUGUGGGGUAUCUCAGAUAGUGGGGAAGGCUUCCUGGUUUGUUUUUGGUUACUCCUCUGUUCUUCCCUAUAGGGGUAAUCCUUCAGAUGUUCAGAAAGCACCUUACAGAGUCAAAACGCACCUAUUCAGUGUAAGGUGAAUGGCUCACGCAUUUCCUGCAAUGACCUUUUCCCAGGUUUACCUUGACCUCUGAUUGCUCUGCAGUGCAGGAGUGCCAUCCAGGUUGGAUUUGGGGCCAGAAUGCCAGCCCUCUGCUUUGCCGACUCCCAAAGUGCCCUGGGAGGGAACUUGGAGGCUGAAGGAUAAAAUCCUAAAGAGAGGGAGGAAACAGAGGAGUGGGGAGGAAAGUUGCAGGUACACAGAUAUAGGAGAGUUGGCCCUAGAUAUGUGUUUGGGAGCCAAAUAUCUCCAUGUAUUCUGCAUAUCUUUGUCACUCAACUAAAGGCGAAUAGAAGAGUCAGCUCAAGGCAGCUGCCUACCAAACCUGGCCCCUUACAGGGAAAAGAGUAGCAUUCCUUGAGGCCAAAUUUAUCCAGGGUCAUUUUAGAAACUCCUGAUGAGCUCCUUUUUGACCUUUGGUCAAUCCUGAGAUACCCAGUGAGCUGAAGUGUCUCCACAACAUUUAUUCAGUGGGAGGAAAGUUUCAUGCUUCCAGACCAGAAGCCCAUCAACCCAGCACCGGGCCUUCCACCUCUCUGGUGUGCUCCCGUUCUUCAUUCAGACAACUCUGCUCUUUCUUCUGCUGUCCUCAUUGAACGUUGGAUCACUAAUUGGAAGAAAAGAUCACCUGAGCUGUCAGCGCUUUUGAGCCAAUUCAUUGAGGAAAUGUUAUAAUCUGAUUUUUCUGUUGCUGUGUUUCUGUUCAGAAACACUGAAUAGUCAUUCUCUGUUUAUAGCAUUUUUACGUCCCUUGUGAUUUUAUGUAUUUUGUAUCAUUCCCCCACCAUCUUCCAGACAGGAGCCCAAGUCUCUUGUAAAGGAGCUGUCUCAUGGUUUUAAUUAGUUUUGUCAUGCUAAUCUGUUUCUUUUCUAGUUCUUCAGUGUUUUUGCUGAGAUAGAGCAAGAUUUGUGCGUGAUAUUCAAGCUGUGACUUUAACAGGUGUCAUAAUUAUGUUUUCUGUUUUAUUCUCCAAGCUAUUUGUAAUUGUUUUAGCAUUAGAAUUUCUUUAAGAUAGCUUAUGUCUUUUGAGCUAGUACUUCCAUAAUAAUAAUAAUAAUAAUUUUAGAUCUUCUUCAGUUGUAAUAUCCAGGUCAGGAUUCAUCAUGGGGUGUACAGGAUCAGAACCAUUUUCUGAAUGCUCAGCUGCUGUAUUACUGUGCAUUCCCUGACUGAUUACCACUAGUUCCUAUUCCACAGCUCAUCUCUAUUACUGCAGGAACAGAGUACCAUCAGCAAAUAUCACCAUCUCCAAAUUAUUCCCCUUUUCAAGGCAAUUUCUUAUGUAAGUUGAACACCGUGGGGUCUGGCAAAGGUCCCCGUAGGACAGUAAGGUAUCUAACCUUCACUGUGAAAAUGAUACUUUUAUUGUUAGCUGUUGUUUUAAGCUAACUUUUAAUUACAUGUUUUUCCAUGUGAAGAUUUUCCAUCUUACUCCUUCUAAAGUUGUGUUGAGGGAGCUUGUUUGCUACUUGGGAAAUGCAAAUUUGCUUAAUCACAGCUUGUUUUCCAUGCAUGAAUGUGCUAGGUUCCUCCUCCCCAGGUGUAUCAGAAUUCCUCACCUUGCCCCAAGUCCUUCCUCCUCUGAGCAAAUUGCUGUGUGAGUGCAGGUUCCGUAUAGCAUGGCUGUUUGCCCUCACUCCCACUGUGUCAGCUGGCUUUGUUUAGGAAAGUAGCGUCAGCACCCUUCUUGUUGUGGGUAAUACUUGAUUCUGUACAUUUAUGUGGUAAAUUUGCUUCACUGUUUUCUUUUUGACAUGUUGUACCUAAGGUAAAAAAAUAUUUCCUGAUUCUGUCUUACGUCUGGUACAAAGUGACCAUGAAGUUUAAUAAGCUUUUAAGUUGGCACCUGUUAUCACCCUGCAAAUAUAUUAGUUUGAAUCAUAAUUAAAUUAGGUAUUAAUUUUUAAAAUUCAGCUAGAAAAGUUUGUCUUCUUUGGAAAAGACCUUGGGAAAUUGACUGUGGUGGGAGGUGAAGAUUCUGGAGUAAUUGGCCUCUCCCUCCUCCUUGCUCAUAGCCUGGUGUGUGGUCCUCAGCAAAUCCUGUGGUGACGGUUGUAAAAGGCAUGAAGCCCCUUGAGAGGCACACAGGCACCCUGGGGGGGCUCUCAGCCACCUCUGUGGGUUAAUGGCAAAACACUUUCACUUCUUCACCCACUGCAGUGAAUGACAAAGGUUGGGCAGUUCCAGAAAUAGAGGCAGAGCCCUUAGUGCCUUCAGGUGGAUUUCUGGGCACACUGAACUCAGUCUGAGUUUUGUCUUUCAGUGUAAUGAGGGCAGGAACUCUGAUCUGGCAUGUAGAAAUAGGCAAUAAUGAUAACACAGAUUAAUUGGCUUUUGUUGUGCAGUUUAUUCAGUGAGGAGUGAUUGAUGUCUGUGCAAUGCUCUGAAGGCGAAGAGAAAGCAGAUAUGGAGAAGUCGCUUCUGUCCUAACUUGUGGAGAAAGGUGAGCUUGCGUCAGAUUAAGUAACAGAAGUAGCAAUUUGUUUUCCUCCCAACGAUGAAACGUGGCUCACCAUAGGCCAUGCUUAUGGUGACAGUUGUAAUUACUGGUCACAUUAGUGUCCCUGCUGUUCUGAAGAGCACUGAGAUGCUCAGGAACACUCAUCCCCUGUGAGAUUUCCUGUGUUUCUCUUGAUGAUCCUGCAGCAUGCUUGCAUUGGGAGCCAUUUCUGCAAUAUGCCAGGGUAAAAUAUGUAAAUAGCAUCGUGUUGGCUUGGGAUAAAAGCAUUAUUAAUGCUUUUUGGCGCUGUAAUUAUAUUCAUAGUAAGCCUUCCCUAAGCCCACACUAAUUAACAAUAUUAUGACAAAUCAACUUUAACAGAAAAGAACUGUGGACCUUCAGUCAUUUAGUACUGUUUUUCAUUCAACCCACAACCCAAAAUGAGUAGCAUGGUUUUCUGCACUAGUGCCAGGAAAACUACUGGUACUUGCAAAGUUCAGACCCAGAUCGGCUGUGUUAGCAGAAUCCCAUAGAUGAAGCUAGUUUGAUUCUCCUUUAAAUGGAUUUACAAUAAAGUAAGAUUCAUUAGUUAACUGUUAAUGUAGGAGAACAUGAAAGCAGCUUUUAUAAAUAAGCCAUCAUAUUGAAAUAGUUUAGUAAUGUCAAUAUGCUGUUACUGGCACACUUGUUUAUCUAUUUAUUCCAAAUCACAGGGCACUUUACAGAUAUUCACCUUAAUUUUCAAAUUAAAUGGCUUUAUACAUUUUCUUAUCAAAUGAUCAAGAGUUUUAACAUCCUUAAUCCACAUACAUGAAUGAACUUGCUAUCUAAAUGUCAAGAUUUUUCUGUGCUAUUAUUUUCUUCAUUUAGAAUAUUUCCUGAUGAAGGCUGCUAGCCAUUUUUUUUCUUCUUCUUUUUAAUUUGUACCCCACAAGAUUUUCCUCAUAUACAGGAAUAAGCUGCAAGACACGUUAAGUCUCUGACAGUUUCUCUGGUACUGGUCUCACUAUGAUCGCAGUGUUGAUGUGGUGACUCCUAUCAUUGUACCAUUUCACAUCAGGUCUACAGAGCUGGACUUUCCUUGUUUGUUCUUCUCAUGCAUUGGUAAACAAAAUGCAUUCACGAGUCCAGAAAACAAAGUGGUAUUCUCGUAUUAGGUUGAUUCUAAGUCAGCUGUUGAGCUUCAGUGGUCUAAACAUUUCAUUCUUCAGUUUUGUUGGGAGCACACGUGUUCUGGGAGGCUUUUAAACAAAUGCUUGAAAUGGUUGAAAGAUUUACAUUGCCAGUGCCUAGCUAAAUAUGUAGUCUUUAGAAGAGACAUGGUUUAUUUUGGCACCAUUUGAAAAACUCAAAUAUUUUAAACAUUUGUUAAGUUUGAGCUUGUACAUUUGAACGAAAAGUUUGCAUUCCAAAAUUACAUCUCAGGUUACCUGUCUCUCUCUCUCUUUUGUAUUUUGUAAUCCUUUUAUUAAAAUAGUCUUUGCAAAAGGAGUUUUUA